AUGACCAGCAGUGCUCCUGAAGAGGAAGAUGACGGUACAACACAAGCAACGACUAGGUCUACCACUGCGCGCCCAGCAACGACCCAAACGCGUACUACGUCCCAAGUACCGAGCACAACUCAGUCUGGUGACGUAAACUGCCAGUGGGAAACAUGGGCCGACUGGAGUGCUUGCCAGUUUUCCUGCGGUGGAGGACAGUCCAUGCGAACCAGAAAGGUCAAGGUCAUGGCACAGGGCAAGGGGGCUGCAUGCGAGAACGGUGACAAGGAGACCCGCGACUGCAACUACAAUCCUUGCCCUGUGGAUUGCGCCUGGGACGAGUGGUCUCCCUGGGGUACAUGUUCGGCAACCUGUGGAAUGGGAACCAAGGUGAAGACCCGCGCGCAGAAGCGAUCAGAACAAUAUGGAGGCAACGCCUGCUCUGGAAAUUCCAGUGCAGCAGCGGAGUGCCAGGACAAGGUCUGCCCUGUCGACUGCAAAUGGAGUGACUGGGGCGAUUGGGAAGGCUGCUCCAAGUCUUGCGGAGACGGGCAGCGGUCGAGGUAUCGAAGCUUUGCCCAGAUAAAGAAUGCAGUCGGCAAAGAGUGUAUUGGACAGAACCUGCAGACAGAAGGAUGCGGCAUGAAUGCCUGUCCGGUGGACUGUGUCAUGGAAGACUGGCAGCCUUGGGAACCUUGUGAUGUCACCUGUGGGACAGGUGCCACUCGGAGAGCGCGCAAGGCACUGACACUUCCUGCUUUCGGUGGCGAGAAGUGUGGCUCGGUAUCCGAGAACAAGACGUGUGACAAUGGCGUGUGCCCCGUGCAUUGCCAGCUCUCUGACUGGACGCAGUGGGCGGAAUGCAGCAUCAGUUGCACGAGUGAUGGCACACCAGGAACAACAAAGAGGUUCCGAACAGUGGCAACGCAGAAGAAUUUCCUGGGGGAUGAUUGUGUCGGUGAACUGGAGCAAAGCACGUCAUGCAGCAAGGAGCAAUGCCCCAUCAAUUGCGAUAUGUCCGACUGGUCCCAAUGGUCUGAUUGCAGCACCUCCUGUGGGCCAGGCGUUGUUGGGCGUCAGCGUGAUAUUGCCAGUGCAGCUCAAUACGGUGGUGAAGAGUGCACCAACGAAACAUAUGAGGAAAAGUAUUGCUCCAGAGAUACCUGCCCUGUGGACUGCCAGUGGUCAGAUUGGCAGGACUGGCAUGCAUGCUCUGUCUCAUGUGGUACUGGAAGCAGUUAUCGCAUGCGUCUGAUUCAGACCCCGAUGCUGCAUGGUGGGAGAGAUUGCGAAGGUGACUAUCGGCAGUCACGUGAUUGUAACCCUGCUUUUUGCCCACUUCACUGUGAAUGGGGCGACUGGGCCCAGUGGGGCGAAUGCAGCGCAUCAUGUGGUGACGGUUCAGCACAGAGGGGCAGGGAAGUGAAAGUGCGAGCUGACUAUGGUGGGACACCAUGCGAUGGAGAUAGCUAUGGAAGCAAGAAUUGCAGCAACAUGGCUUGUCCUGUAGACUGCGCGUGGUCAGACUGGGCCCCGUGGGGCACUUGCUCUUCAUCGUGCGGCACUGGACUACAGGCUCGCAAGAGAGAGAACUCCGAAGCCCGGAAUGGGGGAGCGGAUUGCUAUGGAAAUGCGACCGAGUCCACUUCAUGCGUGGAUCUUCCUCCAUGUCCAGUGGACUGCGAGUGGGAUGAUUGGACCCAGUGGGCGGGCUGCACGGUCUCCUGUGGCGCGGGAUUUCAAAGAAGGAGCAGAAUUCGGAAGCUCUACGAAAAAGACGGAGGCCAUACCUGCUUUGGAACAGAAGAUGAUGAACAGGUUUGCAAUCUGGAUCCAUGCCCCGUGGAUUGUGCUCUUGGCGAUUGGACGCGGUGGUCGGACUGCUCGGUCUCCUGUGGCCCAGCUGGCCAGCAAACAAGGUCUCGUGCCAUUGUGCGGCACGGCUCCCUUGGGGGUGUCCCAUGCAACACCAGCAAUCUCACCGCAUCAACAAAAUGCGAGGAUGUGCCCUGUCCCGUCCACUGCGAGUGGGCAACUUGGGGUCAGUGGAGCAAGUGCUCGAAGGAGUGCAAUGGCGGCCUCACAUCUCGGCAAAGGUCGGAGAACAUUUCAGCAGCCCACGGGGGACGAAAGUGCGAAGGAUCAGCGGCCGAGGAGAUGGUAUGCAAUCCUCACGGCUGCCCCGUGGACUGCAAGUUUGAAGACUGGGCAGAGUGGGGCGGAUGCUCCAAAAGCUGUGGCUCCGGAAACAGGACUGCUGGUCGUGUGCUCAUUACUCCAGCCCAAUGGGGUGGUACACCGUGUGAUGGUGGAAUUGAGAAGAUGGAGCUUUGUAAUGAACAGCCGUGCCCGCUGGACUGCACGUGGAGCGACUGGUCCCAUCUCUCGCUUUGCUCGCAGACGUGCGGUGGCGGAGUUAUGACAAGGACCAGGUCACCGAAUUCCGAAAUGUACGGCGGGAAGGCUUGCAUCGGCCAUGAGCUCGAAUCUGUGCCAUGCAACACCCAAGGCUGCGCACAGGACUGUCAGUGGGCCCAAUGGACGGAGUGGACGGGCUGCUCGAAAGAGUGUGGCGGCGGAUCCAUCAAGCGCGUCCGUGACGUGCUGGUGAAAAGGGCCUUUGGCGGCGAGCCCUGCAUUGGCCCGGGCGUGGAGGAGGCCGGCUGCAACUUUGACGUGUGCCCCACGCACUGCAAGUGGAGUGACUGGGAGCAGUGGAGCCCGUGCCCUGCCAGCUGCAACGGCGGCACGCGUUCGAAGAGCCGCACCCGGGUGACGGAAGCGGCCAACGGGGGCAAGGCUUGUGAGGGAAACCGCACCGAGGUGGCGAAGUGCAACACGGACCCCUGCCCCGUGGACUGCAGCUUCGAGCUGUGGCAGGAGUGGGGCGACUGCUCCGCUUCCUGCGGCCAGGGCACGCGCUUCCGCACUCGGGUGAAGAAGGCGGAGCUCUACGGUGGUGCGGCUUGCCAAGACCUCAUGUGGGAGGUCGGCCAGUGCAGCAAUCCGGAUGAAGUGAACUGCCCGUCCUCCACAAGCACCACGACCACUUUGGCCCUCCUGAAGCUGCCAGAGGGCCAAUUGGCCUGGAGUCACCUUCACAAUGUUUGGGAGCCACAGGCAAGUCGUGGAACAUUGGGAAUUCCUUCGCCAGAAGAGCUCACAAAGACUUUUUCUGAGAGUAAAAAUCCAAGCUAUCCGGGGAAGGCUUACAAGCCUGUGAUACCUUGCCCAGAUGAUGAUAUGAACAAAACGCUGGAAGCCUACGAGACGAUCAAGUCGAAGCCAGACGCGGCCAGUCGUUUGAAUAUAUCGGAGGCGGUAGCUGUAAAGGCUAUUGACGAUAUCAUUGCCAACCUCACGGGAAAGGCCCCGCCAGGAUCCAAGGAGAUUGCAGACCGCAUCGCGCAAGCGGGCAUCGGCGCCAACACAGACGUGGCGGAGAUGCGCAACCUUACUGGUUCAGACUUGCCGUUCGGGAAAGCAGCGGACAACAUCUCAGAGCUGGCAAAGACAGCGGGAGCUGCACCCGACACACCGGCAACGAUGAAGAACUUCACUGACGCUUUCGAAAGUCGCCCAGACAAGCAGAAGGACGGCCGGGAUGUUGUAGCAGAAGUGGCGGGAGACCUUGGGUUGGACGUCAUGGAAGCAGAUGAAUUUGUUGGGAAUCCCAAUGUGUCAGUCAUCAUGGAGAAAGCCAUUGCGAGUUUAUGUGGUGCUUUGCCGGCAGACGUCAAGGUUGACGUUACCAUCCCCCAGGCCAUGCUCCUCUCGCAAGUGCAGAAGAGGUUGAAAGGAAAUGUCAAUGUGGCAUAUAUGGUUGAGGUGUACAAGCAAGACGCCAGUAAAGGCCAAGCUACGAAGUUGGCUUCACAGAUAUCCAACUCGGACAUCAACACCGUUACGUCCGAAGUCAGGAGACAGGUAGCUGCUGUGGGCCUGACCUUUACCCUGAGAGCGGUCAGCUUGAGUGUCACAGUUCUGCCGGUCACCACUGAUGGCAACAUUGAUGUAACGACUGGUGAGGAUGGGAAUGCUUCCGUCGAGGAUGCCAUGCCGACAGCAGUGGUGGACGGCAAAGCGAAGGCACCUAAAGAUGCCAAUGCCAUGGUGGAGACUGCACAGAAGCAGUCGAAGGCCACUGCAAGGCUUCACCACCAGUCAGCUCAGGUGACAGUGAAGAAGGAUCAAGAUGAGGUGCCAGGCAGCCAGCCUGCCCAAAAGUCUGGCGCCGGCGGACGCAUCAUGGCAGCUGCUAUUCUUGCCAGUGCGUUCAACCUCAUUUUCUGCGUUGCUGUGUGA